UGCGGGAAACAUUACUCAUUGUUCCCAAAAAAAAAAUUCGAUAAAACAGCAAUAACAAUAAAUACCAAUUGCUUCGAGAAGAAAGAGAACGAUAAAAUCAACGAACGAAUCGUACUAUAAACAAAUACGCUGUAAAGAGACUACGUGUCUUUAGUUGCUGACAUCACAAGAAUCAAGAGUAUCGAACUUAUACAACAACAAAACAACAAGACGUUCUAACCAGCAUCCAAAAAAGCACUAACACAAUGGAUGAUGUGAAGGUGGAUAUGUCAGGCGACAUGAACGUCCCCAAAACGGAGCCAAAGUCUCAAUUCGACUUUAGCACCUUUACACAAUUUCAGAAAAUACCUUCACCGAUGGAGCUGGUGCAAUUGACGCGCAAAUACAUUCGUCCUUGGUCUGAGUUUUUGAAUACUGGCAAUUUUAAGGCCGCAGCUAGUAUGCCGCGCUUGACAAGUCGCUUCGUCAGAAAUUUGGAUUAUUUCAAAAGCAAUUACAUCUUUGUCUUCAUUGUUUUGAUGAUUUACUGUCUCAUCACUUCCCCCUUGAUCUUAAUAGUGUUGGCUGGUGUGGCCUAUGCCAGUAAUAAGAUCAGGAAAGCCCAAGCCCCUGUAAGUGUCUUUGGACAUCAGUUGUCACCCGCCCAUCAAAUAAUGGCCCUCAAUAUUGCCUCAGUUCCUGUAUUGUUCUUGGUUGGAGCAGGCUCCGCACUUUUCUGGACUCUGGGUGCUUCAUGUUUUGUUAUAUCUUUGCAUGCUAUUUUCUAUAAUAUCGAUGCAAUAGUAACCGAGGACACAGAGGGCUUCCUGGCGGAAGUGGUUUAAAAUGGAAUCUUUUAUAUAUUUACAUACAAAAACAUAUUACUACUAUAUUUUAACAAGAGGCCUUAUCAAAUUUUAACUUGUUUAGUUUUAGUUUUCUAAUUUAUACACCAUCGAACCUCAAUGGUUUUGUGAAUAAAACGUAUAUAUUUUGUAGCUAUUUACUCUAA